UAUUUUGUCUAGUGUAUAAAAAACGAGCAAUAUCCUCAUCUAAAUACAAGCAUAAACGCAGCAUUAUUCUAAGCUGCUACGUCGAGUCGACGCAGGAGACAAUAAAGGGCUAACGACCAGCUAACACGCCUUUAAGAGCAAAACUGACUAUCGAAGCCUGAACCAUUCCCGCACGAUUAAGCAGUACGGAUGCGCUAACACGUCCUUAUAUAUGUGAACGUCGAACCCCUUAAGAGAGGCUCGCGCGGACUCCGCACGUGGAACUGGAGGGGAUCCUCUACCUUUAGUAGGACAUAGCUCGGAUUAUGUAUCUUCGGGCCGGCUAUGUGCAGUCUUGUUUCACUGACGCGUCAGCCGCGUGCAACGGAUGCACGAUCGUCGUCGGAGCUGACACAUCGGAUUGUCGCUUGAUCUUCCCAGCUUCCAGUGGAUUUUCCAAGAGAUAGACGAUCCCUUUCGAUCAUCUUUGGUGUACAAUAUUCGAAAUCGGAAUCUGUGACUUUCGGAAGUAAGCCAUAUAAAUGCAGUUUGGUGAUCUCUUGAAACUCUCUCGAAAAGAUUCAGAGAUUUUAAUCGCAAUACAAACAAGAGUUUAUGAAUUAAUCUGGUGACAAUCUUUGGUGAAAUCAAUUUCCUUCAAUGGCGAUUGAAUUCAAGUAAAACAUUGCAAACUAUAAUUAAGCAGAUAAAAAAUAGACUUUCGCUGAAUAUGAUGAAUGAAUAAGACGUUGUGGGAGAUAAAAAAAAUUAUUAAAAUCCAAUAAGGAUGCGUUUUAAUCAACAAGAGAAAGAAGAAAAGGAAGAAAACAUGAAGAGGAAAUUGGAAAUCUGACAAGUGUCAUCGCAUUGUAACUUAUUACACAGUGAUAGAGAUCAACAACGAAAAAAAUGGUGUUCGAUCCGCUCUGUGACGAGCAGAGAAAACAAUUCUUUCGGCAAAGCUAUGGAGCUCAUUUACCCGGAUACACGGGCCACUGCCCUACGCUCAAAUUUCGCGUUGGGAAAAGAUUCGGAGCGAAUACGGAAGAAAUAAUGAAGGAAUUAUUAGAAAAGAAAGUUCUUAAAACUGGACCAUAUAAGCCAAAUUUUGGAAGAGAACAUGAGUUAUCGAAUCAUCACGUUAAAGAAAUUAGAAAAGACUGGAACAACGAGACCAGGUUCUACAAGGCACCUCCGUACAUCCUAGGAUAUACUGGAUAUAUUCCUGGCUUCAACAGCAGAUUUGGUUUACCUUUUAUGAAAGCCGUAGAAGUCGGUGCCAAAGAAUGGAGCGAAGCACAAAUGAAACUGAGAGCACGACGUGAUGUAAUGAGGGCUCACGCCGAGCGAACAGAUCCGAGAAAUCUCUUGUCCCGAGCGAGGACAGAUAAUGUGGACAUCGAGAUCGAUCAUGGUUACGACAGAGACAGAAGAAGCUUUGAUUAUCAUGUCUCUCCGGAAAGACCACCGAUAGUCGGAUAUACGGGCCAUAUUCCAGGAGCGAAAGGGGAAGUCGCUCUUUCCAAGAGAUACGCUCAAGCUGCUAAGAAAGGAUUAGAACGUGUUCAAAGGGAACGCGAAGAAAGACUCAACAGAACUAAAGAUAUGCACGCUGUGCAAAGAGUCCUCGACAAUUCGUAUCUCGAUGAAACGGGACAUACACGUGCAUAAAUUCAUAUAAAUAUGUCCUUUUAACUAUAUAUAGUAUACAAAGAGAAAUAAAGCAUAGAUUUAGACCUUAAAAGACAGAGAAAGAGAAAAAUUUUUAACGUAGCUAAAAAAAACAGAAUUUAUAUUUCUAAACAACUACGUAAAAAUUACGAAAUUUUGCAAUGCAAACUAAAAUUGUGACAUUUGAAAAUCUCACAUUUCGAUUAAUGAAUAGUUUGCCUUGUUCUUCGACAGUACUGCGAAAUAUGUAAAUACGAGAAAACCAUUAGUAAAUAAUCCAAUUGCAAAAUUAUUUAUAUCUAAAUAUAAAAUAAAAAAAUUGAAAAUUGUAAAGAUAAUUUUUAAUAUUUUAGCGAGCAGUAGUGAAGAUUUUGCUACAUUUUCUACUUUUCGGGCACAAAUAUUUUUGCAAUUGGAACUAUUCAGAUACAGACAAAAAUGGAAACAAUAGUUACUGUAAAAAUGAAUAAAAAUUGUACCUGUGAAAGGUAAGGCUUACUUAGCAAUGUUCGAAAAAUA